UCAAGGACCCGGAUGUGAUUCCGCCGAGCAAUGGCGGCUGAGCGGAUCCGGGAUCCGUCCCACAUGUAAACAACACACUAAGCGCUCUCCUUUGUUAAAGAAAAGCAAAACCAGCCGUGAUCAGGAGCAUGAGAUUUUCGCACAAAAAUCGACUCACCUGAGCACAAAAAUGUCGAUGGAAGAUCCGUUUUUCGUUGUGAAAGGAGAGGUGCAGAAGGCUGUGAACACAGCUCAAGGGCUUCAUCAGAGAUGGAUGGAGCUGCUACAGGACCCGGGUGGAGCCAGCAAGGAGGAGGUGGACUGGACCACCAAUGAGCUGCGAAACAGUUUGAGGUCCAUUGAAUGGGACUUGGAGGACUUGGAUGAGACUAUCAGUAUUGUGGAGGCCAAUCCAAAGAAGUUCAAUCUUGAUGCGGUUGAGUUGGCCAAGAGGAAAGCCUUCAUCACUAGCACAAGGCAAACAGUCAGAGAGAUGAAAGACCACAUGACUAGUCCAAUGGCUGUUACAGUGUCAGAGAGGAAAAAUCGACAGACUUUAAUGGGGGAUGGUGGGUCUCGUGGCCCAAUCUGGCAACCCAGUGCUGAUAAGUAUACUAGACUGGACAAGGAGCUGCAGACGGCAAACUCACAAUUCAUUGAGGAACAACAGACCCAGCAACAUCUAAUAGCAGAACAGCAGGAUGAGCAGCUAGAGUUAGUGUCGGGAACUAUUGGCGUCUUGAAGAACAUGUCUCAAAGGAUCGGCCAAGAGCUGGAUGAGCAAGCUGUAAUGCUGGAUGACUUUUCUCAUGAGAUGGACAGCACUCAAUCCAGGCUGGAUAAUGUCAUGAAGAAACUGGCUAAAGUUUCUCACAUGACCAGUGAUCGAAGACAGUGGUGUGCUAUCGGCAUUCUUCUGGCUAUCCUGUUUGUUGUGAUCAUCCUCUUCAUUGUUCUGUGAACAGCACUCCGCUACAGCUCUCCCGCCUGCGUACGUUCACUCCAACUGCUUGGAAGGGAGAGAACGAACAACAAAACCCUUUCGCCUCCAUCUCUAGUCCAUCAUACGGUAGAAUUCUGCUCCUUUUUUGCUUCCUUAUAAGUAGCCCAGACUGAAAACAAACACUAAGCACGGGCUGUUUUUUUGCAAACGCAUUCCAGUUUAGGCGAUAAUACGAUCUGAAUCAUUUCGUAAGAGCUGUCAUAAUCCAGGGUAAAUCAUUUCUUUCAAAUGGACCAUGACUUUUAACACUUAAGCAGCUAAAAUAAUUAAUAACAGUUUAUUUUUUUUCUAGUGGUACUAGAAAAUAUUACACUGCUUUAACAGUUUAGACCACUGUAACUAAUCAGCACUAACUAUAAAUUUACUAAACACUGGAGUUUAAUGAACCAGAUACUGUUUAAGCGGGUAUGUGACUGAUUAUACUAAUGAGAAUUAGUUAUUUACUGUCUGUGUUUAUUUCUGUGUGCGUGGUUUACUUUUUUUACGUUACUAGUGAGAUUUAUUCACAUGCACUGCGCUUUGAAAAUGGAUGGAAUCGUGUUUUUAACGAAAACGUUGAUGUUAAAAGCUUCGGAUAACUGCCUAAAAGUCUCCGAAUAGGUUAGCAAGUGAAAUAUUAACCUGAUUUACAAAAAUUCUGUAGUGAGCAUCAAAUGUGUAAAUUGCGUGACAAUUGGUUAUUAAUCUGUAGAAAGUCCAAAAAAAAAUCACUUCAGAUGGAAGUGAAGUUUUGGACCAAAUGCUAAUUAAAGGGAUAGCUCACCCAAAAAUUUAAAUUUUUAUCAUUUACUCACCCUCAAGUUGUUCCAAACCUGUAUGAGUAUUUUUUUUUUUUUUUACUGUUGAACACAAAAGAAGAUAUUUUGAAGAAGGUAACCAGACAAUUCACCGUAGCCAUUGGCUUCCAUAGUAUUUUUUGUCCUACUAUGGAAGUCAGUGGCUACCGUCAACUGUUUCGUUGCCAACAUUCUUUAAAAUAUCAUCUUUUAUGCUGAUAAUUUUUCAUUUUUGGGUGAACUAUGCCUUUAAGUCCUGUGAGGUAUAGGUCACUAUCUAGCCAGUGCCUUAGCACAGAGGAGGGUGAAGUUACAUUUCAUUUUAGGAUGCCAGGCACGCGUGACAACUUCAGGUUUCAGAAAGUAUGUUCAAACAAUAUCUAUCAUUCAUAUUUUUACAAAUUGACGGUUUGCGGUGUAUUUCUACUGCUAACUCAAAUGGCGGUAUGAAGCAGCAGUCACUAAUAUGAAAAUUAUUGUAUUUUUUGUUGUUGUUUGUUUUUGUUUUUUUGAUAGCACAACACUACAUAUUCUGUGUAAAACUUGUAUCUUACUGGGUAUUAUUUGUAUAGUUUUUGUUUUGUUUGUAUUUUGUUUCAGUGAUCUCUUGGGUGAAUCACACAAAGAAAUGUUAUAUUUCACCCCAAAAUCGAAAGGAAAAAAAAUGUGAAAUUACAUUUUGCAUAAGAAAAUAAAUACUUUUUUUUUUUUUUGCAUUAUUAUAUGUCAUGCCAAUUAAGCACAUUUGUCAUUACUGUAAUGUGAAAAAAUACAUAUUUUUAUUUAAUAUAGUAAUAAAACUAAUCUUGUCUGGACAGUUAUAUUUUUUAUUAAAACAAGCUUAAAUUUAAAUACAUUAAAUAUUAUCUUGAUGUAUUUUUUUUUUUUUUCACAUUAUGGUAAUGAGAAUUGUUAAUUGGCCAUGAGAAGUGCUUAAUUAUAAUGAAAAUAAUGUCAUAAUGUGGGGGAAAAAAAUUAUCCUAAAAAUAGGCUUCAUUUUCUUAAGUCAAAAUAUAAUUGAUUUUUUUUUUGUUUUUUAAUGUGAAAUAUGACCUGGAGGUGUUUUUGACAGACUUUGUCUGAUUUACCCUUUCUGAUUUUGAGCAAUCACACCACUUGUUUUUCAAAAGCUCGAGGAGACUUUACAGUGUUUUUAUCUCUCAUCAUUUCUGUUGGCCCAUAUAAUAGUGUUCCAGCUGAUUCUGACUGCACUCAGUCACAUGAUGCAGUACGUCGGCUCUGAUUGGUUCGAAGUAUGAAUGAAUUGAUUAUGCAAUUUUACGAUACAAAUGAAAAUAUACAAUUGCACAGUUGUCACUGUUUUUGAGUCGCAGUGACGGAGCGGAGAGAUCAAGGUAUGAAGGGGCUCAUAAACGCUGUUCUUCCUGAUUGUGUGAAUUUCAAUUGUACGUGUUUGUUUGCAGUGUUUGUUUGCUCCUGAAGAGAAUGCAAGUAUUUUUUUACCCCUCAUUGUUUCUCCUCGUCCCUCAGAAAACUGUCAAACCACCCCUCAGUUUGUCACUGUGUGAAACUCUGAGCCCCAUUAAAAUAAUCAUUGCAAAA